AUGUCGGCCGGAAGCAGCUCGGCGAGCGUCCCGAGCAUCGACGAAAUCGUCAAGGCCAUCAGCACGACGCAACCCGCCGACCUCGAGCGCCAGCUCAUUCCGCAACUCAAGAAACUCGACAAAGCUGCCUCUCACUCGCGCGCUUCAGGUCCCUCUGCUGCCUCGACCUCGUCCUCGUCGGCGGGGAAUGCGGCUGGUGCGGGUUCGAGCGGGGCAGGACAGGCGGGACAUGUGCUCGAGGGGAUGCUCAAGGAUGGGAGGGACCCGCUGGACGUGCUGGACGCUACGUCGCACUCGGUCGGGUACCUCUGGAUCUUGAACGCUCGACUCGUCUCGACCAGCCGCGCCGAGCUCCCCAAGAUGGUGCAGAAAGUCAACGACUGGGUGUCGGCUUCCGACGUCGAGCAGGCGAGGCUGUCGCUCGCAGUUGACUUCCUCGCCAAGCAGCUGUGCACGCUCGCCGAACAUUCGCGCCAGGCCUCGCUCCCGCUCCAACCGCUCAACACGCUCCUCACCCGCUUCCCGCUUCCCGGCCACCUCACCUCUCUCCAUACACUCUUUCUUCGCUGCGUCAUGGCCAGCCACAUGUACCCAGCCGCACAAGAGGUGCUCUCGAGGGACAUCACCGACGUCGACAAGUCGCUCUUCCCUAUCCGCUAUCAAGACCACCUGCUCUACCACUACCUUGGCGGAACGAUCCUCGCCCUGCUCGGCAACUACGCUCGCGCGGCUGACUUGCUCGAAAUCUGCGUCUCGGCUCCCAGCUCGUCAGCCAGCUUGAUCCAGAUCGACGCGUACAAGAAGCUCGUCCUCGUCCAGCUGCUCGCGUACGGCAAGACCCAAGCUCUCCCCCGCUACACCUCACAGGUCGUCCUCACCGCCGCCAAGACGCUCUGCGCACCGUACCUCGAGUACUGCAGUGCGUUCGCGAGCUUGAACAGGGAAAGGGUCGAUCAGGCGAGGGAGAAGGGCAGGGAGGCGUUCGAGAAGGAUUACAACUCUGGCCUCGUGGCCUUCUGCGACGAGUCCCUCCGCCGCCGCCAGAUCCAGAACCUCACCGAGACGUACAUCACGCUCUCGCUCGGACAGAUCGCUUCGUACGUCGGGCUCGAUGCGACGAGCGAGCGCGAUCUCGAGAUCGUCAAGGGCGAAGUCGAGGGAAUGAUCACCUCGAAGCAGAUUUACGCCGAACUCUCGCCCUCGACCGACCCUUCCGCCUCUCUCGCUGCGACGACCGUCACCUUCACCGACGACCCCGAACCGUACCUUUCGCACGAGACCGUCGCUCGCGUCACGCAGGCGAUUGAGAAGGCGCAGGUGUUGCAGCAGAGGUGGGACAGGGAGCAGCAGAAGGUUGAGGCUAGCAAGGAGUUUGUUACCAAGGCCUGGUCUGCAGCUGCCAGUGGCGCAUCAGCCGCAGCCGGUGGCGCAUUCGGCAGCAUGGGUUUCGGGGACGACAUCGACUUUGGCUCGACGGGCGGCAGCGGGAUGCCCGGCGGAAUGGAGUGGGUCGACAAGGGCGACAUCAUCGAGAUGGACAGUGAUUGA